AUGAUGGAAUACGGAAGAACGCGCAAAGGGCCGCUGCCUGGAGGUCGCCAGGGCGCGUCUGGAGCUGGCGCUGGACGCGGCAGCAUGCGAACCGCCAGCCGAGCGCGAGGUGCUGCACGACCACCCAGCAGCCCCUCGCAUCCAUCAUCCCCACCAGCUGGCUUGGUGUCGGCAGGGUCUUCGCGGGCCCAGCAAUCGGCACCCGCCUCUGGUGGAGUACGCCGCAUGCGUUGGACAACCCAGAUGAACAGCAACGCAUUGCGGGCGUAUUUUGGGGCGAAAGGGGGAGAAACUGGAUGUUUGGCGUAUCGGGCUAGGAUGCAUCGUCUUUUUGCUGAGCUGGAGCCAUCUUUAACCGUCACAGAGCAAAACCUGGCAGACCGAGUUCGGUAUAUCUUGCGCUCAAAUAUAUUUGAUGUCGCCGAACUCGAACGGCUACGACGUGAGGCUGUUCCCUCGUCGGAUGAGAAUGCUACGGCUGAGGAUGCGGCGCCACAAAUGGUAGAGCAACCCGCAAACGUGGAUGCCGCCGUGAAUACCCCAGUUGUGGUUGAUUCAAACGAUGAUGGAACAGUCGCCCAGGAACUGGAAUUAGAGCAUAUGAGGAGUACAUUGGAAGAGGCGAUUGUGGAAACGCGCAGUACGCCUCUCGAAAAUCGACCGCGACUUCCCCGCAUAGCCCUAAGCAAGCGGAAUCGGGCUGUCGUGAGGGCUCUGAACCCAAUGCUGGUGACCUAUUUGGAAGCCAGCCGGGACCUUUGCGAGACGGACUCAAUUCUUUUUGGCGCCGCGCUGGCAGUCUGCCGUAUCAUAGGCGCCAAGGUUUCCACGGCUGGACGCGCUACUGGCCAUAGUAGCGCUAUCCCAGCAUGGAGAAGAAGAAUUGAGGAACGUAUCGCAAAGGCUAGAGCUCUCAUCGGCAGACUGAUAUGCUUCAGAUCAGGCAACAACAGGCCAAGAAUUGUGCGCACCGUCAGGAUGGCGUUUGCUGGGACAAAUGUCAGUUUGUCCCAGCCGGAUAUAACGCAAAAACUGACGGAGCGCAUAGAUGAUCUGAAGCAGAGAAUCGCUGCUUGGGGAAAGCGGAUUCGGCGAUAUACCGAGAGGUCGACACGGUUCAACCAGAAUCGUCUCUUCCAGAGUGAUCAGAAGAGGCUCUAUGAAUCAUUGGAGCGACCAAUGGUAAGUGGAACGGGUCCAGCACCGAAUCAGGCCGACACUGUAGCAUUCUGGCGCGGCCUGUGGUCAGAGCCCGUAAACCACAGCGAGGGCCCUUGGACGGAAGUUGUGGCGAGUCAGUGUGCGGGUAUUACGCCCAUGGACCCCGUCAUCAUAACGCCGGAUGACGUAGCUGAGGCGGUCCGUAGGGCCCCGAACUGGAAAAGUCCGGGGCUUGACGGGCUGCAUCACUACUGGCUGAAGGGGUUCAUGCUAACUCUAUUUUGUGAUGCAGUUUAUACCUACUUCACAAAAAAGCGGGUCACGGUCAAGCAGGCUGGGCGCAAGACGUAA